CAGCCCCAACCUCCACUCAGCAUGCUCGCCGUUUCGAAGAAGCCGACUGUCCCUUUGCUCACACCAACAGAAUUCUCAGCAAGUGAACGGUGAUUUAUCAUCCCCAAGAUGAUACCGUCUAAGUGCUGGAGCCUGGCGGCUACUGCGCUGGUGCUUUUGCCUGGCGUGGCCGCCUCUAUGGACAACGCAACGUUCCCAGACAUUGACAGCCUGCGAGCCCAGCUAGCUCUAAUGGGCGAUGAUAGACCUGAAAAAUGCCCUCCCUGCUUCAACUGCCUUCUCGACGCCCAUACUUGUGCACAGUACGCCACCUGCAACUCGUUCAACGGCAUUUGUGACUGCCCACCUGGUUUUGGUGGUGACGACUGUUUGACACCCCUAUGCGGCUCCAUCGCCCGAGGACGAGACCGACCGAUGCGCAAAGACGAAAACUGUAAAUGUGACGAUGGCUGGACAGGCAUUAACUGUAAUGUCUGCACCAAAAACUCUGCCUGUAAUGCCCUUAUGGAAACAGGUGAGGGAGGCGUCUGCUACACAAAUGGCGAAGUUGUGAACUCAAACAACCAAAUUUGCACUGUCAAGAACAAGCAGAUUCAGAAGCUGCUUGGCGAUCAAGUUGCCGAGGUCACCUUUACUUGCGAUGCCGAUAGAGAAGAUUGUGACUUUCAAUUCUGGGUCGAUCAAACUGAAUCAUUCUACUGCCACCUCAGCGACUGCUCAUCUACGGCCGAAUUCGAAGAUUCCAAAAACUCCACGUCUUACAAAUGCGACAAGAUCAACUGCAAAUGCAUCCCCGGCCAAAUGAUGUGCGGAAAAGAUGGAUCCUUGGAUUUGACGGAUUUUCUCGACGAAGCCAUCAAGGGCCCUGCGGAGUUCGACUGCUCUCAAUCUGGAGAUCUUCUCCAUGAUUGCGCUUUCAAAGAGCCUGAGAUGGACAAUCUUAUUUCAGCUCUGCUUGGUGACUCCAGUAUUCUUUUGGACUGCCAAGCAGGCGAGUGCAUGCACGAGACCCAGGUUCCGGGAUAUAAAAGACCUGUUAAGAAGAUCAACACGCCCCUCAUUGCUGCUAUCAUCGCCGGGUGUGGCCUGUUUGUCGCAGGCGUCAUCGUGGUUACAUGGUAUCUCGCUCGCCGUCAGCUACGAUAUGGUGCUAUCCACUUGGACGACUCGGACGAUGAAAACACAAAGCUCAUGGCAGACCACAAGCCUGCCGCUCUCCAGUUUCAAAAUGUCACGUACUCGCUUAAUGGCAAAGGUAUUCUACAUGGUAUUCAAGGCAUAGCGCACCCCGGUGAAGUUACAGCUAUCAUGGGAGCCUCUGGUGCUGGUAAAACGACUUUCCUUGACAUCCUUGCACGCAAGAACAAGCGCGGCCAAGCUGGAGGAGACUUCUUUAUUAAUGGCGAAAAGGUAUCUGAUGCGGAGUACAAGAAGGUCGUUGGAUUUGUUGACCAAGAGGAUCACCUUCUCCCAACGCUCACUGUCCACGAAACUAUCCUCAACAGCGCACUCUUGCGUCUUCCACGUACCAUGACACGCGCAGCCAAAGAACAACGCGCGUUCGAGGUGGAAAAGGAACUCGGCAUUUACCACAUUCGUGAUUCGUUGAUUGGGUCCGAAGAAGGUAAAGGCCGUGGUGUGUCUGGUGGUGAGAAGCGUCGCGUGGGAAUUGCUUGUGAGCUGGUCACCAGCCCAUCUAUUCUCUUCUUGGACGAGCCUACUAGCGGUCUUGAUGCUUAUAAUGCCUACAAUGUUGUCGAGUGUCUGGUGACCAUGGCCAGGAACUAUCGCCGUACUGUUAUUUUCACCAUCCACCAACCACGCUCUAACAUUGUAGCUCUCUUCGACAGAUUAAUUCUUCUCGCGCAAGGCAAAACUGUUUACUCAGGCCCAUUUUCCGACUGCCAACACUACUUUGACUCGAUUGGUUAUGAAUGUCCUCCAGGCUUCAACAUUGCAGACUACCUUGUGGACUUGACUAUGCAUGCUGGUACUACGGUUCCUAUUGAUGAUGGUGCUGUUCUGGCAGAUACCUCGAGCGUUGGCCCCAGCAGUACCAAGGCUGUCAAAUCUAUUGCGAGCAUCUCUGGUAGCGUCGGUGACGACGGCUCAGAGCCAUCGUCCUAUCGACCUAUCAUCCCACGCCGUAAUUCCAUCCGACUUCGCCAAGAACGAGAAUUGUUCACUCGCCGCCGACCUCACACCACAGACACGAGUGCGUCCUCUGAUGCAGACCCGGAAGAACGCAGCGUCUACAAACUCCAAGCAAACCCUGUCUCGACUCUAUCUGACCUUCCUGAAGACUCCCACGACUUGCCACUAUCGGCAGUGACAGGUACUGACCUUGAUAUUAUGACCACUGCUUUUGUCGACUCUGACAUUGCAAACGCUAUGAGGGAAGAGAUUCAGCAAUCCGUUAAUGCGGCAGCGGAAGCAAACGGUGGUAACGCUGGUUAUAGCGUUGAAGGCCCGAAUAUCAACGGCAGCGCUAUUGGCAAGGGUUACGAAAGGAUCAGCUACGGUCGUCAGUUCCUCAUUCUGUCAUCACGUACUUGGAAGAACUUGUACCGUAACCCGCAGCUGAUGUUGACGCAUUACGCCAUUGCCAUCGUCUUGGCUGUCUUCUCUGGCUACCUCUUCUACGGAUUGACGGAUGAUAUUCCCGGCUUCCAAAACCGACUGGGUCUCUUCUUCUUCCUGCUGGCUCUAUUCGGCUUCAGCACACUAACGAGCUUGAACGUCUUCGCAUCGGAACGCCUGCUCUUCCUACGUGAGCGUGCCAACGGGUACUAUUCUCCAGCAACCUACUUUGCUGCCAAGGUUCUUUUCGACAUUAUCCCGCUCCGAAUCAUUCCGCCAAUUCUGAUGGGCUCCAUCAUCUAUCCAAUGACUGGCUUGGUCCCUGACGCCGAGCACUUUUUCAAGUUUAUGCUCGUGCUUGUACUUUUCAAUCUUGCUGCAGCGGCCAUUUGUCUCUGCAUCGGUAUUCUCUGCAAGGAUGGCGGCGUUGCCAAUCUGAUUGGUAGCUUGGUUAUGUUGUUCAGCUUGCUCUUCUCCGGAUUUUUGCUCAACCACGAUGCGACUCCAAAGGGUGCUGUCUGGCUACAGUACAUUUCAAUCUUCCAUUACGGAUUUGAGUCUCUCAUUGUCAAUGAGGUCGUUGAACUAACCCUUAUUGAUGAGAAGUACGGCCUCGACAUUACGGUUCCAGGCGCCGCCAUUCUCAGCUCAUUUGGCUUCAACAAUGGAGCUCUUUGGGGUGAUAUUGUCAAUCUGGGUAUCUUUGCUACCGUUUUCAUCAUUCUUGCGUACACUGCCAUGCAUUUUGUUCUUGUUGAGAAGCGCUAGAUUCUGUCGCUUUAGUCACAUGUAUAACGCAACCAGAGCAUUUGUGUUAUAGUAUAGACCUGUUUUUGGCGUUUUGUUUUCACUGUAUCUACGCUCAUGUUUCUUAUUUAUGCUAGUAAAUGUUUAUAUUUUGAAAACCUGCUCUUGUUUCUGUGUACCACCUUGCUUUCAAUGGUGCUUUCUGGUCGGUUUAAUGUGGAUAAUUUUACAUUAUUGCUAUUAUACAAGAUACACACCCGUUUGGGUUCAAAGAAAACAGCCCUAUGUGCUAUGCUAAUCAUGUGUAGUUUUACUCCAUUUUGCCACCAGUGAACUCCUCGGCGAUUCUCUUUUGUCUCUUAACAGAGCGAUCAAACUCGGUCUCGUCACGGUCCAUAAGCUUUGUUGAGGUGCCGGCAGUGGACUCUAACAUGUUGCCAACUGACGGAGGCUUGCCGUAUACGCCCCAAACGUUCUCCAUUCCUCCAAAGCGAUCCGUGGCGCGCGCCAUCUUUCGGAAGUGGUCUUCAGUAAACACUUUGUCAAUCUCUGCCUUGAGAUCGGUCUCGGAAACGAUAAAGUUGGAGGCGGUGAUGUAGAGUUCUGUGAUUGCAUCCAUUCUCGUCUUGCUCUUGGCAAUUUCCCGAGACUGCGAUUUGGAUUGGCUGACUUCUGAGCGGCGGGUCGCCUUGGGAUCAGGGUAGACCUUGGUAUCCAGGAGCGCAUCCAUGACAGUGCCGCGCGUAAUGCGAUCAAGCUUCGACUCGCCGGCUCUCGCCCUGUUCAAGUUAUCGUUGUACUUCUUGGCAGUGCGAGCCUUCAUGGCGGUGUUCUUUGUUUCGUAUCGCUCCCAGAGGGCAUGGAUACCCUCUUCAAGGUUCUUGCGUCUGCUAUCGGCGAGUUCCUUCUUCCAUCGCUGCGUCUCGUUUUUGGGCUGGGCGUCGGAGGCGCGUGUGGGCGCAGACUUUUGGAUAUAUUCGGGGCUAAGCUUGCGAUUGCCAUCUUUGCGAGAGAAGAUCUCGCGAGGCACGGGGAGAUGACCGCGUACUCGUUCGGGUUUCGUCUCGUCGGACUGGGGGGUGUUAGGGAGGCGGAUGUAUUUGGGAGACUCGGGGGGGAUUGAGCCCGCCAAUGCAGCCGGAGUUGUAGAAAAGGCUCUGACUGCCGAUGGCAGCUGGAGGGUAGCCGGUCUUAAGCAAGACCACGUUGAUUGCAUCGACAUUGUGUGUGCGCGUGUGUGUCGAUAUCGAAUGCGU